AUGUCCGUACCACUCCGAUCUAUCACGCGGCCUAUUGCCCGCUCAACCCGGCCGUCGUUCCUCGCCUCCCAAUCCCGCAUUCAGCUCUCACAAAACAUCCCCCGAUUCACAACACCACUCCGCACACAAUGGCAGCCCUUCUCAACAACACCGGGCCGCCCGAAAGCGCGCACAAUGGGCCAGCUCCGCCAGCGCAACAACACGGGUCCAUUCUCUUGGAAGGCUGCGUUGCUGUUCGUCCUCACCGGCGCCGGAAUGAUCGUCUACUUCCGCGUUGAGAAGGACCGGUUGGAGCGGAAGCGGAUUGCGGAGAUGAGCAAAGGUGUCGGAAGGCCAAAGGUCGGCGGGCCUUUUGUGCUGAAGGACCUGAAUGGAAACACCUUUACUGAGGAGGACUUGAAGGGGAAGUAUUCUUUUGUCUACUUCGGCUUCACGCACUGCCCCGAUAUCUGCCCCGACGAGCUCGACAAGAUGGCUGAGAUUAUUGACCAAGUGAAGGAGGCCAACAAGGGCGAGAACAUCUUCGUUCCUGUCUUCAUUACAUGCGAUCCCGUACGCGACACGCCCGAGGUGCUGCACAACUACUUGCAGGAGUUCCACAAGGAUAUUGUCGGCUUGACGGGGACAUACGACCAGGUGAAGCAGGUCUGCAAGGCGUACCGGGUGUACUUCAGCACGCCGCGCGAUGUGAAGCCUGGCGAGGACUAUUUGGUUGAUCACAGUAUUUACUUCUACCUGAUGGAUCCCGAGGGCGACUUCGUCGAGUGUAUCGGACGACAAGACACCCCCGAGUCCGCAACGAAGACAAUUAUGCAGCAUAUCAACGACUGGAAGCGAGAAGGGAAGCCCUUGAAGGAGGACUAG